AUGCAGCGGCGCGCCACCAACGAAGGGGGUCGGGCGGUGAGCUGGCGGCGGGUGCGGACGGACAAUGUAGCGGCCACCGACAGCCUCUUGCGCGGGCGCCAGGGACUCGUGGCCGCAGCCGUGCCCCGACCCGGCGGCGAUCACAGCGUCAUCAUCCUCCUGUUUGGCGGCUUCAGCUUCGAUAGUGGCGGUGGCCACCACCACCACGACCCCUCACCCGCCAUCAUCGCCUUCGAUCCUCUGCGGAAUGGGUGGGAGAGUGUGGCGGAGGAGACGGCGGAGGAGGGCGAGGCGGAGUUGGAGUGCGGCCCGGGCCGACGGGCGCACCACACGGUCUGCGCGACCAACGGCCUUCUGUACUUCUUCGGCGGCGUCUCCACGAGCGACGAAACCCGCCUGGCGCCCCACGAACUUGACAUCUUCAACACAGAGACGAACAAGUGGAGCAGGGAGCCGAUGCAGGGCUAUCCGCCCUCGGCCAGGAAGCACCACGCGGCAGAGGUGGUGGGCAACCAGAUGUACGUCUUCGGCGGUGUCGACAGCGACGGCACGCUCUGUCCGCCGGACAUGUACAUCCUGGACCUCGCGAGCAAGAUGUGCAUCAUGGCGUUCGCCGAGGGGCCGGAGCCGGAGUCGCGGAUGGGCCACACGUGCACCCUGGUGGGCCACAAGCUCUACAUCAUCGGCGGCAAGGGACACGACGGUCGCCACAUCGAAUCCAUUCACAUUCUCGACACAGCGGCGCUGGUCUGGGAAAAGGUGGAAGUGGGCCACACGCCCCUGCUGGCCUUCCACUCGGCCGCGGCCGUCGACGACCACACCAUCGCCGUCUUUGGCGGCGAGGCCCCUGACGGUCAGCCCCAGCCCGACCUCUACCUCCUCAACACCGAGAAGCUGGAGUGGAGCGUGCCACGUGUGUCGGGGGUGCUGCCGUCGGGUCGCAGCCACCACGCGUGGGCGAUGGCCAAUGGCCGGCUCUACCUCUUCGGCGGCGCGUCGACCGACUCUGGCGGAGCCGUCCCGCUUAACGAUGUGUUCGCCCUAACGCCCCAUGAAAAUGAAGCCGAGCAGGGCUACAAUCUGGUGAGUGGAGAGCAGAGCCUGAUCUACCUCUCGCCCACGGAGGAAAUCGAGGAUGAGGAAGAAGUGGUCGUGGAUGAAGCCGAAGAGGAAGUGGAGGUCGUCGUCGCCGGCCGCGAGCGCAGAUCGGCCGCGAACGGCAACAACAACUUUCAAGAGGAAGUGGAAGAGGAAGUGGUCGUCAAAGCCUCCACCGCCACCACAACCACGACGACCGAGCGAUGGCGCGAGCGGCAGCGAAUUGAGGGCACCAUGAUCGAGGUGCGGGUGAUCAACACGAAGGCGCAGGAAGAGGAGGAGACGGUGGUGUCGACGUCGAAUCGACCCAAGUCGCCCGAGGUCGUGCGACACAGCAGCAACCACCACCACCAUCGGGACAAGAAGGCGAGCGGAGAGCGACGACGCGUGAGCAAGAAGGCGAGCGAUCCCGAGCACCGCGGUGGCCAACACAAGAAGCACCAGAGCGGCGAGGAGCGAUCGCCGCCGCGUCCGACGCUCAGUAGUAGUGGGUCGCCUCCGUCGGACCGCAAGCACGCCAUCAUCGAGCGGCUGGAGGAGAACCAACGCCAGUUUAGGUCGGACUUGUUGAUCGACAUUCGAAGCUCGGCUUCGGCCGGCCGGGCGGCCGAGAUCGCCGCUCUCCAGCCGCCGCCUCAACCAGUUCAGAAGGCCGGCAAGAAGAACGACCGCGCUGGGGAGGAGAAGCCCCACCAGCCGGGGCGCAGGAAGUCGUUCGGCGCGCUGGUGAGCCGACUGAGCGAUCUCCGGCCCCGCACCACGCGUCACACGCGCGCCGAUUCGUCGGCUUCGUCCCCCAUGCACGCGGUCGACGACGAGGGCGGAAGCGGCAGCGGCGGAAGGAAUCGGAGCAAGUCGCGGAGUCAAGAAGUUCUGCGCACCUCAGCGGCCACGCUCGAUGAUUUUUCCUCCGCACAGCUUGGCGAGGCGUCGUCAUCGUCGAUGUCUUCGUCUUCGUUCUCUUCGUCGUCGCCCGCCACGCCGACGAAGUCAGACGAGUCGCGAGAAAAGAGCGAAGAGAAGAAAAAGCGAAGAGCGAGAUCGAAGAGCCAAGACAUGAAGUCGCCCGCCAAGAAGAACAAGACGACGACCCCGACGACAAAGAAGAAGGCGCAACGUACCAAGUCAUCGUCGUCGGUCAGCAGAGCGAAGCGCGCAAAGAGCGAAGAAAAGAGCGAAGGCUCCUCCAGGCGGGAGACUAAGAGCAGCGGCAGCAAGAAGGAGCGGAAGAAGGGCUCGUCGCCGACGUCGCUAUCCAACAACAACGACAACAACAGCAAGAAGAAGGUGCCUUCGGCGCCAUUCCCCUUUGCCUCGUCGACGUCGGCGCCCCAGCUCAGCAAAGGCCAGCGAUCGCCGCGCGACGCGAUGAUGCUCGGCGUGCGGUUCCUCUCCGACACAAGCCACUCACUCUCCCGCUCGCGCUCCCUGAUCGAGCCCGUCAGCACCCUCGACUCGCCGCCCCUCGACACAGAACCGCCCCUCCUCCAGGGCUGGCUCACCAAAAAAGACAACAAAUCGGGCGAGUGGAAGAUGCGGUGGUGUCGUCUGCUGUCCUGCCCCGCCGCCAUCCAGUUCUACAAAGACGAGACCACGCCUCUGGGCAGCAUACCGCUGGUGGGGGCGCUGCUGCGUGUGAACAGGGUCGACGUGAAGAAGGGCCUGCGGUCCGAUCUGGCCUGGAGCGUCGCCAGCCCCGGCGAGCCGGAGAGCACGUUCGUGGCCAAGAGCGCGAAGCAGAAGCGCAAGUGGGUGGAGGCCAUCCGGCAGGUGAGCGAGGCCGCGGAGGAGUGGAACGGCGACCGCGCCGCCGCCGCACAGUGCCUCGCGGUCGAGAUCGCCGACAUCGACCGCCAGAUGGCCGAGCUGGCCCAGCUCAAGGCCCGCAAGGCCCACCACCACCGCCUCCUCUCCGACGACGACGAUGGCGAUCAGCACCCGGCCAACGCCAACGCCGAUGGCGAGGGCGAAGAGGACACGUCAUCCUCCUCUACCACAACGACGACGGGCAGCAGCAGCCUCGACCCGUUUGGCUUCGUCACCAUGACCAGCCAGGACAUACGCUUGGCCCUCGCCGCCGGGCGACAGCAGAUGAAGAGGGAGGACGAGGCGCAGAAGAGCAGCGAGAGCAUGGAGCGAGAGGAGACUCGGCGGCCAAGUUCGAAAGAGGAGGAGGAAGAAGAGGUGGUGGAGGGGAGCGAGGAGUGGAGCGAGGAGUGGAGGCGGUGCAUGGAUAUGAGCGUGCGGGACCUCGUACGCGAGCUCAUACGCUACCGGCGCCUGGCGGCCCAGCUGGCUGGUGGUGGCCACCCACCAGCCUCGCCACCGCAGCCGCCCAAGGGCUCCUGA